AGCAGCGCGAGGCUCCGAGCCGGGCGCAGAGGCGCGAGCUGCUCCCGCGGCGGAGGGCACGCAGCGAGCGCGCGGCUGCCGCCUUGCCGCGGUCCCUCAGCGAGGCGCCCACCGUCGGCGGGCGAGCAGCGGCUGAGGCGAGGCGGCUCCCCCGGCUUCCCUUCUCGCGUCGCCCGCGCGUUUCGUGGAGCGGAUCCCCGCCCCCUGUUUAGGCUCUCUCCCAGGCGCUUAGAGUGCCGAAGCCCAGCGGCCACCACGGAAGCGGCUAUGGGGGACCGGGAGCAGCUGCUUCAGCGAGCCCGCCUGGCCGAGCAGGCGGAGAGAUACGACGACAUGGCUUCGGCCAUGAAGUCGGUAACUGAACUGAAUGAGCCUCUCUCAAAUGAGGAUAGAAACCUGCUGUCUGUAGCCUACAAGAAUGUAGUAGGAGCAAGACGAUCUUCCUGGCGUGUCAUCAGCAGCAUAGAGCAGAAGACUAUGGCAGAUGGGAAUGAGAAGAAGCUGGAGAAGGUUAAAGCCUAUAGGGAGAAGAUAGAAAAGGAGCUCGAGACAGUCUGCAAUGAUGUUUUGGCUCUCCUAGAUAAAUACUUGAUCAAGAACUGCAAUGACUUCCAGUAUGAGAGCAAAGUCUUUUAUCUGAAAAUGAAGGGGGAUUACUACCGCUAUUUGCAGAAGUUGCUGCUGAGAGAGAAGAACAGUGUUGUGGAAGCCUCAGAAGCUGCCUAUAAGGAGGCUUUUGAAAUCAGCAAAGAGCACAUGCAGCCCACUCACCCAAUUAGGCUUGGGCUGGCACUCAAUUUCUCUGUGUUCUACUAUGAAAUCCAGAAUGCUCCUGAGCAGGCCUGCCUUUUAGCCAAACAAGCCUUCGACGAUGCCAUAGCAGAGCUGGACACACUAAACGAGGAUUCCUACAAGGACUCCACUCUCAUCAUGCAGUUACUUCGAGAUAACCUCACUCUGUGGACGAGUGAUCAGCAAGAUGAAGAAGCAGGAGAGGGCAAUAAUUAAAAAGCUUUCCUCCGUUCCCUCUUUCAUCCACUCACCAUCCCCAUCAUCACCAAUAUUUCCUUGCCACAGUCACACUAAAUAUCUAGUGCUAAGCGUAUCUGUAUUGUACAGCUGUUGAGAUCUGCUGUCCACUUUAUCGAGAAGCAGUUUCAAAUCAGUCUUCGUGGGCAUUGGUGGCUCGAUUGAUUGGUCUUACUUGGGCCUAUUUAUCUUAGUUGCACUUGAGCAGUGCAGAAAGAUGCAUAGUAAAUGAGCCAUUUUUAGUUUGCCUGUUAGUUGGAAAAUUUGGGAAGAAUAGUGGCAAGCAAUUGAAGAGAGAUUCCAGCCCUUGAAUUU